AUGUCUGAUCCGGAUGUUUAUGCUUACCUGUUUGCCAUUGAAAGCAAGGGCAAUGAAAACGCAUUAAAAGCUAUCACCCAUGCCAAGAAUAGGCUACGAAGCACAAGAAGUGGACAGGGCAAGAUACAAAUUCUGGAGAAUUAUGCCCGUCGACGCGGAGAAUGGGAAACAGCUGGAGAGCCAGAGGGGCGCGAUGUGUUUCUGGAUGGCCCUCAUAUUAAGUUAAAAUUUAGUGACGGGGCCAAGACAGCACACGGUGUGAUAAUAGGACGGUCCCCCGAUUGUGAUAUUUUCUUACCCGGUGGAAAUGAUGUCAGCAAAUACCACGCAGCUUUAACAUUCAACGAGAACAACUACCUAGUCGUCAGAGAAUUGGGCUCCACGGUGGGAACCAGAGUCGCCUACGGUGAUGAGAAGGCGCGACCCGGCAUCUCGACGGACUGGGUGGUUGGCGGUGUUGACUUUGUCAGGGACAAAAUGCCAAUGCUCAAGAUUACUCGCAACUAUCGCUUCAGACUCGUCGUGCCCUACCACGAUAUCAAAUCGCGGCAAUACAUCGACAACGUUGCAAAGUUCCGCCAAGGGACAGGGAACAUAGCAGACCUAGCCGAGUUGAUCAAGGUCCGAAGCUACACAGCAACUGAGUUUCCCACUUCACUGGAGGCACGUACUCCAUUCUUGAAAUCUUCCGACCCGGCGUACUGGAGCAGAGUGCUGGGUAAUGGUAGCUUUGGUAUUGUGACACAUAUCUUCAAUACCUGUACUGGAGAAGAGUACGCUCUGAAGGAACCAAAGAAUACGUCCAAAACAGGAUACAGACUGCAAGAUUGGAAAAAGGAAGUUGAUAUCAUUUCAAAUAUUCAGCAUGACCACAUUGUGACGCUUUUGGAGGCCAAGUUUGACCCUUGGCCACAACUAUUCUUUGAGUAUGCAAAUGGAGGCUCUCUUAGCUCCUAUGAUGCCACCUCAGAUCUCGACGAGAUACGAUAUAUGAGACAGUUGCUGUCCGCUAUGGCUGCAAUGCACGAACGCUCUCCGCCGAUAGUCCAUCGAGAUAUCAAACCAGAUAACAUCCUGUGUUUCUUCUCUCCCGAUGGCACCAUGCGCGUUAAAUUUGCGGACUUUGGCUUAGGCAAAAACACGGAGCAGCUCAAGACGUACUGUGGCUCGCCAGCCUACAUGGCUCCCGAGAUAUACCACAAGCGAGACAGGGAAGACGAAAGCUUCUACACUACGGCCGUCGACGUCUGGUCUCUUGCUGUCGUUUUUUCUGAAAGGCAACACGGCUUCCCACAAAGCACCUCUUCGGAUGGUGGGAUCGCAACAGGCUGGCCCGAGGCUGUACUGGAGCACUACCGGGGAAAGUCUCGAGAAGGCAGUAAGAUAAUGCCAUUUAUCAUGGACAAUAUGCUGCAUAUCGAUCCGCAUGCGCGAAAGACAGCAUCGUACUGCGAACAGGCGGUUCAACUUCUGGGUAAACAAUUUCAACACUGGAAAUUGGACGGGUCGAAGACGUCUCAAUCGGAGGACGCAGAUUCGUGCGGCUCGUUAAUCGCGGAACUCGGCUACCGGGGUUCUUCCAAAAUCGACUCCAUUGUUAAUCCGUCCGACAUCGACAGCGAUGACGACGACAGUCAGACCAUGUUCAAACUUUCAUGCCCUCUACUGCCUCCACCCGAUUUCCAAGCCCAAGUACCUGCUGACGAGCUUGUUGAGGCCAUCGCAGAAAGAGAGCUCCGGUUCACCGAGCAAACCGACGUUAUCAUGCCCAUAAUCGAAGAAGAAGCUUACCAAGAGGGAGCAACACUCGAUAGCCUAGCGCUUUUUACGCGUAUCCGCCCCUUGCUCGACCUCUAUCAGACAGUGGAUGAGGACCAAGGCAGCAAGAAUUCGGAGAAAGGGAGAUCGCUCAAGAAGAGAAGGUUAGGUUGA